AUGCUGAUCGUACGCUACCUAAUCGCCUUGGUCUUCUCCAUAUUUAUGAUGGCCACAUCGCUGCGGAUCGAGGCGCGCUAUAAACGACAAUCUGGCUAUAAGAUAUCCACACCCAAUCGCCUAGUGUUGCAAAUGGAAGAACAACGGCCAGGAGUGGCAGGAAGUCGGGACAUCAGGGCGUUGGACCGCAGACGUCUGGUAAUCUGA